UUAACUAAACAGAAAUCUGAACAUUCAAAUUCAAAUUCCUUUAUUAGGCCCGAAUAUACGUUCUUCAAAAACACAAGGAACUCAUAUGUGCUGUAGAUGAGGUAGAUAAGAGCAUCCUCUUAAGUCCAUCCGCUAAUUCAGGUUCGCAACCAGCUUGUUGGAGCACCGGUGAACACCGACGUCACCCUCCAGUGUCACGUGGAGGCCUCGCCGAAAGCAAUCAACUACUGGACUAGAGAGAGCGGAGAAAUGAUCUUGGCGAACGACAAAUACUACAUGACAGAAAUCAACAACUCGUAUUACAGUGUACACUUGAAAUUGGUGAUCAGGCGCUUCCAGAAAUCGGACUUAGGAGGGUACAAAUGCAUAUCCAAGAAUUCUAUAGGGGAUGCUGAAGGAACUAUCAGACUUUAUGAAGUGGAGUUGCCGAAAAGCGAAGACGACGAAACCGAAGAGGAGCUACAAAUAAUCGAAGAAUCUGAAGAAUCCAGCGAAGACAUGGAACAGCGGCUGUACGGUUCGCAGGGUUCCUUGACCGAGACGGAGGGCAUCAAUCUGGCCCUUAACGUUAGCAGCAGUUGCGCUCUGUUGCCCUUCGGAAGACUGUAUACGGUGGUGUUGGUGCUGCUACGGAUCUACUGACUACCGCCAACGGCACUCAGUGUAUAACUCGUAUGUGAUAUGUGCCAAAUUUAUAUGUGCUUCGGUUAGGGCCGCUACUCAUAGUGCAUGAAUUGAUGCAACGACGGCUGCUCCGUUGAUUAUGGAGAUGUCAAGUGAAGUCAUGUACAAGUGCAACUUCCGAGAAGUGCACUAUUAGUAGCAGGCCUUAGGUAGAACUUACACUAUAUGGAGGCGGUGUGCAGUUUGAUGAUGAUACUAAACGUUGAACUAGGACAUCAGUUUUUUUUUUGUUAAUUUUGAGUGUCAUGUCAACAUACAAAUAUGAGUUAGUAACGUUGAAGUCAAGCGUCAAGCAUGCACCGGGAGGGUGCUGCGAUCACCCGACGAUACCAGUAAAUUGAGUGGUCUUGGCGGCAAAGAUAUAGGCAGGCUCACAGCGAACAUUUUACCACGGGUAUUUCAGUAGCGGCGUUUACGAUUAUUUAACGUUGUGCUUUUACUUGUUUUAACGCAUCAGUCAUUUGGAUAAGCUUCUUUUCAAAUAGGUCGACUCUAUAUCUCAAGACUCGUCACAAGCAGAUCAACUGUAAAAUAUCUACGGUUCGUACAAAGCCCAGCAAAGAGCCUCGACGCCAGGAUGAUGUAUAUAGACGGAAACACCUACUACAAAAUAUGGGGUUGUCCAAAACGAACGCAGGAAAGUAAACGCAUAUUAAAACAAGAAAGAUUGAUAUUCAAAUCAAGUUGGGUACUUUAUUUUGAAGGUUCAUUUAUACCGUUUAUGUAUAAAAAAUAAUAUCGCUCAAAUGUUCACCACGGCUGGAUUUACAGACGUCCACGCGAUGGUCUAGAAAUGAACCGAGUAUAAUCUAGUUGAUGACAGAGUUGGGUGUAAAAUACAGAGUCAACCUACUUGACGUCUUUCUUUAAAAUGGAUUCUUGCGAUCUUCCCCAGAAAUGCUCGAUAUGUAAUCAGUAAGUGAUUCGACACUCCAUAGAUUUAAGUCUGUUGUGAGUUGAAAUGGCAUUCGGUAGAUUAAGUCAAGUUAAGAAAAAGUUAUCUGUUGGAUUAUCUACAUGUUAAACUGUCUCUGUUUGACUUUCUGGUGGUGUAAGUUCUAUCAGUUUCGCUAUUACCUACAAUGCUGUGGAUGUAUAUCUCGGUACGGUCACGUUUAGCUGGUCAUACAUUAUUAUAUAAACUUCCGUCGCAGAGUGAAAAUCAAAAGAUGCAAUUAACAAGGAAGACGAUAUUUUAUCACUCAAAACUGAUUGCAGUUCAGGUUGUGGAAAUUGAAUUAAGCAAUAUGAAUAUGCAUAGGGUGUUCCAUUUAAAAUUCUUAUGAAAUCGUUCAUUUUGCAUUGUUGACCACCCAGUAUAAACUGUACAAAACCUGAAAAAGUAAGUAAAUAUGGCACCAUAAAAAUGUUUAAAGAAUCAUUCAGCAUUCUAGCCAUAAUAGUUACGGAGGCGAGAGUUCGGUGUUUUAUUCGAUGGUUUGUUAAACAUCUCAACAAUUUGGAAAUAGAACCCUAUGUAUGUUAACAAAAUGCUUUCCAUUUAAAAAAUGAUUGGGUCAUCGCACAAUUAUGAAUCACCCUGUCGAAUAAAAAUAAUUUCCAAGGAUAAUACUGUUGACUAUAAAUUCCGUAAUUAACUUUUUUAGGUACUACGCGCAAUAACAUUGACCUUAAUGGAAUUUUCUUACAAUGAACAUGUCAAUUUGAUGAGAAAUAUUGACCCGAUUUUCUUAUUUCUCUGGCUUUACUGCCAGCCAACUUAUGCUUUCGUUAUAUCAAAGAAGGCUGGUUUGAGAUUUUCAAGAAACACACGAACAUACAGUCCUUAUAACUCAUAAAAUAAGCGAGUCGAUAAUCAACAGGUUCUUAUUCCUCAUUCUAAAACGUAAAGAUUGCAUCAAUUUGACGUAAGCUAUGUAAUAGUAUACGACCCUAAAGGACUCUGCCAUUUGUAAAAAUUAGCAGUAGAAUUAUAUGAACGUUGAAAUGUUUGCAAAGUCAUAGAUGCUUGCAACCUGCAUAUCCAUAUCGGUUUGUUUGUUAUACUUGUACGAUACGGUAUAUUUAGAUUUUAUUUACUCUACAGUGUUAUUAUUUCGACAUAUGUUGUUUAUACUUAAGC